UACAGUGACCUCAUCUCUUAUGGCAGCGACAGGACCUCACUAACCGUCUCACAGCCUCUUCUCCUCAAUUACUUUACCUCUUAUUUGAGCUUUAUGUGUUUAAAACUCGUAUAGAUUACACCGGGCAGUGAUAUUGUUGUAAUGUGGACGAAUAAAAUGGUGCGUACUGCUGGUUUGACGUCGACUUUUGAACGAGAUCUCCACUAUGAGGCCCAGGACAAAGGAGUGAUGAUGUCAUUGAUGCCAGGUGUCUCAGGUGGGCCGCAGUGUGCAUGAGCCCCUGCCCACGUUAAGUCUUCUGUCACAAAUACACUGUGGUACCACGACUUUGUUUCUCUCUGGGCCGUAGCCUUGCUCUGUGUUUGGACUGGAUGUGAGACUGCCAAACACCAUGACAUCAUCCCUGGCUCACAUAAUGGUGCUCUUCAUCUCCUGAGGGCCUUCGCCAGUUUGUCAUUGCACUGCACGACCAGCUGGGCCAUACUGAGGGCCACCGCAACAAGAGGGGCAGCCUUUUGGCCCCGCAGGAGGGGUGGGGGGGUGGGGCAUGUCGGGGGGUCGUGGGGCAGUAGGGAGUAGGUGCACCUUUGCAGUGGGGAUGCAGAGGCCCAGGACUGUGCGGCCUAUUGGGGCAGAGGCUUUGGUGGCCCUGCUCGAAGGUGGCCUGGAUGGAGUGAUGCUGAUUGACAGCAGGCCUUUUGUGGAUUAUAAUGCGUCGCACAUCCUGGAGGCUGUUAAUGUCAACUGCUCAAAGCUCAUGAAGAGGAGACUUCAGCAGGAUAAGGUUCAGAUCACAGAGCUGCUACAGCACUCAGCCAAGAAAAAGUUGGAGUUACGGGGCAAUCAAGAAGUUGUUGUGUACGAUCAAAGUUCUUCAGACCUGGCAGCUCUUAGCCCUGACUCAUUCCUUUGUGUGCUGCUGCUCAAGUUAGAGAAGACCUUUCCUUCAGUCCAUCUCCUCUCAGGUGGUUUCUCUGAGUUCUGUCACUUGUUCCCGGGGCUGUGUGAAGGGAAAUCCACAUGUGUGCCGUCAUGUACAUCCCAGCCCUGUCCCCCAGCAACCAGUAUCGGCCCCACUCGCAUCCUGUCUCAUCUGUAUCUGGGCUGCCAGAGGGAUGUCCUGAACAAGGAGCUGAUGCAACAGAAUGAAAUUGCUUAUGUCCUGAAUGCCAGUAACACUUGCCCCAAGCCUGACUUCAUCCCAGACUCUCACUUUUUGCGAGUUCCCGUCAACGAUAGCUUUUGUGAGAAGAUCCUGCCUUGGUUGGACAGAUCUGUGGAGUUUAUUGAGAAGGCCAAAGCUUGCAACGCACGCGUCUUGGUGCAUUGUCUGGCUGGCAUCUCACGAUCUGCUACUAUCGCCAUCGCCUACAUCAUGAUGAGAAUGAACAUGUCGCUGGAUGAGGCAUACAGGUUUGUGAAGGAAAAGAGGCCAACCAUAUCUCCAAACUUUAACUUCCUGGGUCAGCUCUUGGACUUUGAGAAGAGAAUCAAAAGCAUCAAAGAGAACGCUGAUGAAGCAGAUAUGCUCUCCAGACCUGUGUGUGACCAAACCUGCCUUCCUGGUCCUGGGGCUGAUCCUGAAACCCCCCCUUUGCCUUGUACCCUCAUGGAGCCAUCCGAAGAGCAUCUACUGGAGCACCUGAGCAGUGUGCACCUCUUUGACUGCCCAGAGGAGGGCAUAAGACUCAAACGCUCAUUCUCACUGGACAUUAAGUCUUACGGUGAACCUCCAGGGGCUAGUGGACACAGAGGGGACACAGGAAGGGCAUCAGCUUUUAAAGAGACCACCAGUAAACUGUGCCAGUUCUCCCCAGUGGAGGAGGUGUCAGAGCAGUCGACCCCAGAACAGAGUCCUGACAAAGAAGAGGCUGGAGCCCCUGAGGCAGCAGUGAAACCUCCCAAAAGCUGUAGCUCCACUCUUCAGCGUAGUGGCAGUGUGGAGGACAGUGGGGGCCGUGUGGUGUUUAAGGGCAGCCCAGGGGGCGCUCUAAAGGGCUGGCACUCGGACAUUUUGCUGGGCCCUGUCACUGUGUCCACAUCUUCUCUGGCUGGCAGUUGGUUUCUGUCUUCAGAGUCUACACGGUUUUAUUCCACGUCAGCCAUUUUGACUGGCGGCGGCUUUGCCUACAACUACAGCCACGGCCUGGAGGCGGUGCGGCGUCGCAGCCGCCAGAGGACUGGGGACUGUGGCGACUCACGCCGCAGCUGGCACGAGGAGAGCAGCUUUGAGAAGCAGUUGAAGCGACGCAGCUGUCAGAUGGAGUUUGGGGACACGAGGACAGACAGCCGCUCUCGAGAAGAAAUGGUCAAAGUGGGCAGUCAGUCGAGCUUCUCUAGAAGCAUGGAGGUCAUCCAGGUGUCCUGAAGCCAUUGGCAUGGCGACCCUCGGCCAAUACAAGAGUCAGGGACUUCUCAUGAACAAAAAAUUACACCAACUAGCUGCUUCGCAACUUUAUCCCAUACAUUUAGAAAUACAGCAGUUUCACUUGAGUACAAGCAUCAUAAUUAAAAAUGAAGAUAUAAAAAUUAAAUGUAUAAUCAUAAUUUAGCCUCAUAAUAACAUCAGAAUUCAAACUGCAGUGUUGUUCCACAUAAUAGCAGCAGUCCAACAUUAAUUGCAGAUAAGAUUUGGUAGAAAUCAUAUUUUCCAUCAUGCAAGCUGCAUUUAUUUAAGAAAACAUCCGCGUUUGGUAUGAAACCAGUUUCUUCAUUUAAUUUUCUACAAACUGAAAAAUGUACUUUUUUACUUCUAUCUUUGAGAAUAUCUUCUGGCACCAAUGAAUAGGCAUUCCAGCCCAGGACGAUCAUCUGAAACUUCACCUCAUAAGUUUUAAUAGCAUUUAGAUCUGGGGAUGGCUCCCUAUUCUUCAGUCUUGAUGGUUUGGAAUCAAGAAGGUGGUUUUCCAUUGGGGUGUUUGUGGUUCAUAUUAAGGGUAUUUCCGCUUCAUCGUUAUGUAACAUGACCUCCCAACUAUAAAAAAAACAAAAAAAAACAUGUCAUGACUUUUGGAUUCAGUGACUUCUAUUACUUCUACUCAUUAUUUGCCAUGUAGAAAAAUGACAUCUACCAAAAAACAGGGACUUCUGCUUUUGUUGGACUGCCAUCAAAUUGGACAAUGCUGUUUAUCUUGAUGACCUCUGACCUUGUGAAUGUGAUGAAACGAACAGUGGAUGUGAAGAGCCUCUGAAUGUUUUGAAUCUAUACAAAACACUAAAAUUCCACAGCUACAAAAACAACUACAGACCAAGAGAUCAAGUUGUUUUUAAUAUUUGUACUAGUCCAUCAGUACGUUUGACAGAGCGAUGUGGUCCGAAGAACAGAGGCUGGUUAAGGAGUGCCGCAGAGACAUUCACAGUUUAAUCUUUGCACUAUUUGUGGGCUGAGGAACCUGGUUAAGAGUGUGUUUGUGUUCUUGAUGCAGCCAUACUUCAGGUUUGAAGAUGUGAAUGUGCAUAAUAUAGACUCUUUAUUUUUUAGUAAAAUCGUUGAUUUAAGCAACAGAUUUGUGGAUGUGUGUUUUAAAGAAUGACAGUUGAAUUAAACAAGAAAGUUUGU